UCUGGAUAUUACCAAUCCUACGUGUCAAAUCACUCUGCGACUCGUCUACGACUCCGAGCGCCUCUCUACCUGUAAUUGAGCAAUGCCUUUGUUCUUCUCUGUGCUCAGCAUUCUUAAGGCUGCCAUGAUUUGAAGUUGCUUCUGUGGAUAGCUGCCAACCUAGCUUGCUCAUCGGCUCCUCCCUCUUCUCCAAAUUCCGUCGAUGGCGGCUAAUCUGUUACGGUUACCUCUCGUAUCUCAGCCCAAGUUCUGCUUGAAUUCCAACAGAAAGCCUUGUGUUCGUCCCUUCCUUUUCAAUCCUCUCCUCCUCCGACGAUGGUCGCAGACGACCUGGCCGACCUCCGAUCGGAAAAUCUCAACUACUUUCCAAGCAAAGGCUGUCGAGAUUGGCCUUCCAGCAGGAACACCGCCUCUUCCAAAACAGCAAGCAGAAGAGUCUUCGGUGCUACUCGAUGUGUCGGGAAUGAUGUGCGGCGCCUGCGUCUCUCGCGUCAAAUCGAUCUUGGCUUCCGACGAACGUGUUGACUCGGUGGUUGUUAACAUGUUGACUGAGACAGCGGCGAUUCGGUUGAAGACAGAUGGCGUUGAGAAUGGAACUAUUCCGGUCAGCGUUGCAGAAGAUCUAGCUAGGAGAUUGACGGAGUGUGGGUUUCCGUCGAAGAGGAGGAAUUCAGGGUUUGGCAUCGGGGAUAAUGUGAGGAAGUGGAAGGAGAUGGCGGAGAAGAAGAAGGCGAUGCUUGCGAAGAGUCGUACUCGGGUGGCUUUUGCUUGGACUCUGGUGGCUCUGUGCUGCGGAUCCCACGCUUCGCAUAUACUGCAUUCACUUGGGAUUCAUUUGGCUCACGGAUCAUUUUGGGACAUAUUGCAUAAUUCGUACGUGAAAGGUGGAUUAGCAUUGAGCGCUCUUUUGGGACCCGGCCGAGAAUUGCUUCUUGAUGGUCUAGAAUCAUUUGCAAAGGGAUCACCAAAUAUGAAUUCUCUUGUUGGGUUUGGAUCAAUUGCUGCAUUUAUUAUAAGUGCGGUGUCGCUUCUGAAUCCGGGUCUUGAAUGGGAUGCUUCAUUCUUUGAUGAACCGGUUAUGCUUCUUGGUUUUGUCCUUCUUGGACGUUCUCUUGAAGAAAGGGCAAGAAUUAGAGCUUCUAGUGAUAUGAAGGAACUCCUGUCAUUGGUAUCCUCUCACUCACGUUUAGUGAUUACUGCCUCCGAAGGUGAUGCUUCUGUUGAUAAUGUGCUUGAAUCUGAUGCAAUUUGCCUUGAAGUUCCUACUGAUGACAUUCGAGUUGGAGAUUCAGUACUGGUUUUUCCUGGAGAAACUAUUCCCGUAGACGGGAUGGUUCUUGCAGGAAGAAGUGUUGUUGAUGAAUCCAUGCUUACAGGAGAAUCUCUUCCUGUAUUCAAGGAAAGAGGCCUUACAGUUUCAGCUGGAACAAUAAACUGGGAUGGACCUUUAAGGAUUGAAGCCUCUACCCCUGGCUCUAUGUCAACAAUUUCAAAGAUAGUUCGCAUGGUUGAGGAUGCUCAAGGCCAUGAAGCACCCAUACAAAGGCUUGCAGAUGCAAUUGCAGGGCCAUUUGUGUAUGGUGUAAUGACAUUAUCAGCUGCAACAUUUGCUUUCUGGUACUAUAUUGGGACACACAUAUUUCCAGAUGUUUUGCUCAACAAUAUUGCUGGGCCCAAUGGAAACCCAUUAGUUUUGAGCUUGAAGCUUGCUGUGGAUGUCUUGGUAGUUUCCUGUCCCUGUGCACUGGGCCUGGCUACACCAACUGCCAUUCUAGUGGGCACCUCUCAUGGGGCAAAACAGGGACUUCUUGUAAGAGGAGGGGAUGUAUUGGAACGCUUGGCCAGCAUAGAUUUUGUUGCUUUAGACAAAACAGGAACUCUUACAGAAGGAAAACCAGCUGUUUCUGCUGUGUCUUCUUUGAUUUAUGAAGAAUCAGAAAUUCUUCGGGUUGCUGCUGCAGUGGAAAGAACAGCAUCACACCCAAUUGCAAAAGCCAUUGUAAAUAAAGCAGAAUCUCUGAAUUUGAAAAUCCCAAGCACAAGAGGGCAACUCACAGAACCAGGUUUUGGAUGCUUAGCAGAAGUAGAUGGGUCUCUGGUUGCAGUUGGUGCAAUGGAAUGGGUUUCUGAACGUUUCCAGAAGAAAUCAACAACUUCUGAUGUGAUGGAUCUAGAGGAUAUUCUCAUGCACUUGUCAUCUAAGAGCAUAUCAUCAUCUGAUGAUUCAAAAACAUUUGUUUAUGUUGGACGUGAAGGAGAAGGCAUCAUUGGUGCCAUCGCAAUAUCUGAUCGUUUGCGCCAUGAUGCCAGAUCUACCAUAACCAGGCUCCAGAAAAAGGGUGUCAAAACAAUUCUCUUGUCCGGCGAUAGGGAAGAGGCAGUGGAAACCAUAGCCAGAACAGUUGGAAUUGGAAGUGAAAGUGUCAAUGCAUCCUUAACUCCACAGCAGAAAUCUGGUGUCAUAUCAAGUCUUCAAACUAAAGGACAUUGCAUCGCCAUGGUGGGUGAUGGCAUAAAUGAUGCGCCAUCUCUGGCUCUUGCUGAUGUUGGGAUUGCUUUGCAAAUUGAAGGGAAAGAAAAUGCUGCAUCUGAUGCAGCCUCUGUUAUUCUUCUUGGCAACAAACUCUCACAGGUGGUAGAUGCACUGGACCUUGCACAGGCUACAAUGGCGAAAGUCCAUCAAAAUUUAUCAUGGGCAGUGGCAUAUAAUGUCGUUGCUAUACCAAUUGCUGCUGGGGUUUUACUUCCAAAUUUUGAUUUUGCCAUGACGCCUUCACUUUCAGGUGGACUGAUGGCUUUGAGUUCUAUAUUUGUCGUCACUAAUUCUCUCCUUCUACAGCUUCGUGGAUCUACCACAAAGAGAAAGAGCUAGCCAUGUAUGCCAACAACCGGAUCUGUAAUUUUUUUUCUGUAAAUUAGAAUUGUAUCUUCAAUGUGCAUUGUAUGCGGAGGAUGAUUCAGAAUGGGAAUAGAAGAAUAAGAUAUGUAAUAUAUCUUUUUUUUUUAAUUCUAUUAGCGUCAGUUGUUUUUUUUUAACCAAAUAAAAAUAUGUAGUCAGAAAUCAGAAUAUACAUGCCGCUUGACUAAAACAUGUAAAUGUGGCCAGUUUGUGAAAGAAAACCGGUACCUUUGUUGAA